ACAGGACGUAACAACGUGGUGUCACUCCACCGCUGUCCUCUAGUCUGCAGACAACAGUCUUCAUUGUGCUCUAGAAACGGUUAACAGUUGCAGAUAUAUGAGUUGUACGAGUGGCAGCCUGUUUUGUGAGAGUAGCCAUAGCCAUGUCGACAAACAACAGUUCUACCAACCUAGUCACGGUGGUUGUUGUUCAACAGACCAACGGAACAACACGCAACAAAUACAACCCCUACAACAACAGGAAUGUAGCGCAUCCCACCACAGAUGCUGAAACCCUGAUCCAUCUGCUGAAAGGCAGUUUAGGGACAGGGAUCCUAGCAAUGCCUCAGGCCUUUGCCAACGCUGGUCUCCUGUUCGGACUGAUCGCUACGUUUUCCGUUGGCCUCAUAUCUACAUACUGUGUAAACAUUCUGGUUCAGUGUGCCCACCAGUUGUGUCAAAGGAGAAAACUUCCAUCUUUGGGGUUCGCAGAUGUAGCUGAAGUAGCAUUUCUCGAAGGUCCUCAGAAAGUUCAAAAAUUUGCAUCAACAGCAAGGUUUAUGGUGAAUACUUUUUUGGUGUUGGAUCUGCUAGGCUGCUGCUGUGUGUAUAUUGUGUUUGUUACGUCUAAUCUAAAACAGGUGUUCGACUUGUACAUCGACAGUGGCAUAGAUGUGAGGAUUUACAUGUUAUGCUGUCUUCCGCCUCUGAUCGCUAUUAACAUGAUCAGGAACCUCAAGUAUCUCGCACCCCUCUCUAUGGUAGCCAACGUGUGUAUAGCCAUGGGCAUCGCCAUCACCAUCUACUACCUCUUCCAGGAUCUGCCUCCCUUUGACAGCCGCCCUGCUUUCGCACCAGUGACCAAAUGGCCUCUCUUUUUUGGAACAGCGAUUUUCGCCCUUGAAGGAAUUGGAGUGGUGAUGCCUUUGGAAAACAACAUGAAGACACCAGAGAACUUCCUUGGAUGUCCGGGAGUUUUGAACAUUGGGAUGUUCGUCACUGUGAUGCUGUAUUCCAUACUGGGCUUCCUGGGCUACCUUCGCUUCGGAGCAGCAACUAAGGGCAGCAUCACACUCAACUUGCCUGACGAAUUAUUAGCGCAGUCAGUUAAAGUCAUGAUUGCAAUCGCCAUAUUCUUCACUUACGCGUUGCAGUUUUACGUUCCUUUGGAAAUCAUUUGGAAAGCCAGCAAACAUAGGUUCAGCAGCCAUCCUGCACUGGCAGAAUACACCAUCAGGAUAGUGUUGGUGUGUGGCUCAGUAUUCGUAGCCAUCCUGGUCCCCAACCUGGGUCCGUUCAUCUCCCUGGUUGGAGCUCUGUGUCUCUCUUUCCUGGGACUCAUGUUCCCCUCCAUCGUGGAGAUGGUCGUGUUCUGGGACGUCCCAGGAGGUUUAGGCAAAGGCUACUGGGUCAUUUGGAAGAACAUCUUCGUAAUCCUCUUCGGAUUUGUCGGAUUCCUCACCGGAUCGUACACCAGUUUGUUAGAGAUUGUAGGUUCGUAUGGAACCAGCUGAUAAUUUAGUGUGUAGAUUUUUCUCUUCCUGUGUUAUGGCCACUAAGCUUUAAGGACUACUAACUGUGGUGAAAAAUAUUUUUUUAUAAUGAUAUUUUCAUUCUAAUGGAAGUAAGUAUUCUUGGUUACAUUCAUCUCGAGUUUUGACUAAGGGUAAUUAGUUCUUAAAAUGAAAGUGACAUUAUUUUAUCAUAGUAUUCUAUUUAUGUGAGCAUAAUGAGAAUUCCAGCAAAGCUUAACCAUGAUGAUUUUAAAAGGCUGGUAUUUAUUUACCAACCAGUUUAUACCAACCAAAUUGUUGUGGUUGCUCUGAUCUGAUUACACUGGCCAUCUUACAACCAGUUUGAACUACCAUUAUCAUUAUCAACAAAUUUGAUGAUUUUAUUUUCUAGCAAAUAAACCACCAUGUUAAGGUGUCAUUAUAAAUUGAAAUUACAAGAUAUAAAAAUACUCAAAACAAAUUCAGGUUACACAAUCAUAUAAAAAAGAAAACUGUACAUUUACCCGAUCAUGCAAAUGAAUAACAAAUAUAUAAAAGCUGUACAAAAACCUAAAUGUUUAAUUUAUUAUAAAUGUUCUAUCCUCAAGCGUACAAGUGUUAUUGUUACCAAUAAAAUUAAUAAGCUAUUGUUAAGAUUAAUGUUCCUUGAAAUGUAAAUUACGUAUUUAUCACCUAUAUAUUAAACUUUAGUUAUAAUUUUACUUUUUCACUGACAAACACAAUUUGAAAUGAAUACCUUAAAAAAUGCAUUAUGAGUAACUUAACCCAUAUUUUUUAGUUGUAUUUAACCUUUUCAGAAGUUAGGUGAGGUGGGAAAUGAGAUACAAAUCAUAUGUAAUAGUAUAUUUUAUCACUAGGGCGUAAAGUGACUCUUUUCGACCUGAGCUCAAGUUUUAAGAUCGAGGUUGGAAAAUGAGCAAGGGCAAAGACACUUUUUGUCGGUCUUAUGAACUAUAUUUUUUGUAAUACUGCACCAAUUUUCUAACUGAGUUGCAAAAAAAUUUUCAUGUAAAGAUAACCUCUCAAAACAACAUCUAACUUGUUUUCAAUUUUACUAAUGCAAAAAAGCAGCUGUAUAGAUAUUUGUUCAGUUAUUUUGUCAAAAACGAUUGUGUUAGUGAACAUUAUACGAUCUAUAUGUCACACUAUUGACAAGAAUGCAACAAUAAAGCUACAACCAAUUAAAACAAUUAAUUAUUGAUACAUGCGAUUGUUUACUAUCGAAAUUUACAACCGAGUUAACAACAACUGACUUUUACCCCCUAGGAACUAAAAACGCUUUUUACUCCCUAUGGAGAAAAGAGCUGCUUUAGACCCCGCAAGCAUGUAUUAAAAACAGCUGUUUUUGUUCCAGUAUGACGAAAAAUUAUAUAAAGUUUGUGUUAUAUUUAUCUAAUGUGAUUUUAUCAUAGACUAACACAGCAAGGCCCCACUAGGAAAACAGGCCAUGCUGCAGGAUCCAUGACGUCACACUAGUGUAUAGAUUUCAUUGAUAAAUUCAUUGCCAUCGCCAUUCCCAUAUGUUUUAGGUAAAUAAACAAGCUGGUUGUUUGUAAGAUUUUAAUGGUAAGAGUUUAGUACAACUAUCCACCACUGUGACGUAGCAUUGCACUGCCCGUGCUGCAGCAUGACCUGUUUUUCUAGUGGGGCAUUGAACACAGUCGAAUGUUAGUUUUAUGUCAUAGAUAUUAUCACAUGUGUACAUAAUAUAGUUGUUAUCUAUUGUAAAUAAUGUUAAGCUGUAAAACAGUUGAUUGGAAAUAAACUACAGUCAAUGAUAAAAUAAAUAUUUGUUGUUUUUUUUCAAAAUUUUACAAAAAUAAAUUUGUUGCCAUUAUUUAUAAUAAUGUUUAUGAUAAGAAUUAGUAAAUUGAUUACACUUUAUACUCCUAUAUGGAGGAAUAUAUUAUUUUUGAAAUUGUCACAACCAUUGUAAAUAGGGUUAAUGUAUUAAGAGGUUUACUUUAAAUGUAUUUUUAAUAAAUGCUUUUUGUACACUUUUCUUUCUUUUUAUUGUAUUAUGCCUUCUAUAAAACGCCUCAUAUAGAACCAUAAGUAAGUGUAAAAUUGUUUUGGUGAUAUUUUAGUUAUAGAUAAUAUUUAAAUCUUG